CCAUUGUUUAAAAGAAAAAAAACUAGGCAUGUGGAAGUUUGGCAGAAGCCAGAAAAAACUAUUAUAAAAAAUUAAAAAUAGGAUUAGGAGGAAGACAGAGAGAGAGAGAGACGAUAAGCACAACCCACGUUGGCACUCUCAGUUUCGUUUAUAGGGUGGGAUAUUGGGAUGGGUAUCCAAAUAAUAAAUAUCCCACGAACAAAAAUAAAUAAAUUUCGUCUCAAAAUUGUCUGAGCUUCCUCAAAGUGUGCGACCAUCAACCAAGCAAUUCAAAUUUGAAAAAGGUUGAAAUGGGUUUGAUGAGGAGAAUCGGAAGAUAUCGUAAUAUUAUUACUGGUGGAGGAGGAGGAGAAUGGAGCAGGAUGAUUGCAAGGGGGAUGUCAACGAAUAAUAAUAAUAAUCAUAACAGCAUCAACCUUUUCUCCGCCAUCAACCAAGCUCUUCACAUUGCUUUGGAAACCGACCAUCGAUCUUACGUAUUUGGAGAAGAUGUUGGAUUUGGCGGUGUUUUCCGCUGCACGACUGGGUUAGCUGAUCGGUUCGGAAAAUGCAGAGUUUUCAACACUCCUCUUUGUGAGCAGGGCAUUGUUGGAUUUGCUAUUGGUUUAGCAGCUAUGGGGAACCGUGCAAUAGCUGAAAUUCAGUUUGCAGAUUAUAUUUUCCCAGCUUUUGAUCAGAUUGUCAAUGAAGCUGCCAAGUUUAGAUACAGGAGUGGCAAUCAAUUUAACUGUGGAGGUUUAACAAUCAGAGCACCUUAUGGAGCUGUGGGUCAUGGCGGCCAUUACCAUUCCCAAUCCCCUGAAGCUUUUUUCUGUCAUGUUCCGGGUAUUAAGGUGGUAAUCCCUCGUAGUCCUCGACAAGCUAAAGGAUUAUUACUAUCUUGCAUCCGUGAUCCAAAUCCAGUUGUGUUUUUUGAGCCAAAGUGGCUAUACCGGCUUGCGGUAGAAGAAGUCCCAGAUGAAGACUAUAUGCUGCCUUUAUCUGAGGCUGAGGUGAUUCGUGAAGGCAGUGACAUAACACUUGUUGGAUGGGGAGCUCAGCUUUCAGUCAUGCUACAGGCUUGUGUUGAGGCUGAGAAGGAUGGCAUAUCGUGCGAAUUAAUAGACCUAAAGACUCUAAUUCCAUGGGACAAGGAAACUGUGGAGGCCUCAGUUAAUAAAACUGGAAGAAUUCUGGUUAGUCAUGAAGCUCCUAUAACAGGUGGAUUUGGCGCUGAAAUUUCUGCCUCCAUAGUUGACCGUUGCUUUUUGAGGUUAGAAGCUCCAGUAGCUAGAGUUUGCGGCCUCGAUACUCCAUUUCCCCUCGUGUUUGAGCCUUUUUACAUGCCGACUAAGAAUAAGGUGAGAUUUGUAGAUGAUAUUGGACGCAAUCAAAUCUACUGUGAAUUACUAAUGCAUUUUGGGGCCACGCGAAUGCUUUGGCACAAUCAUGUGAAAAUAUUCACGAGUAAUGUGUUGUGAUGAUAUUAUUAAGGGGAUACAUCUAUGUAUCCUGUUCAGAAUAGGAACAACUUUAGUUCAUCAAUUUUAUGUAUCUCAAUUUUAGUUAAACAAUUGCGAACAGGACAUUCUGUGUAUUCCAAUCUUGUCUUUCACUAGUAUGUAUUCGUGGAUGCAGGAGACACAUAAUACUGCAAAAAUUUAUAAAUUAUAUGAAUAAAUAAUACAAAAUGUGUUUUGUCAUAUAUGUAUG